UGCGCCACCCCGAGGAGUGGAGGUCUUGAGUAACUGCCCUUCUUUAUCUCAAACUGGUUGCUGGAGUACAGUGUCGCCAUAUUGUCAUCCCGAAGCUCUGAGAGGUCCUGAGGAGAGAGCCUUUGCGUCCACCUGAAGAUGUCCGGCCCGGUCACCAGCCGAUCCCGGGUUUACCCCGACGUGAACACACAGAGACCCCGGGAGUACUGGGACUACGAGUCACACGUUGUGGAAUGGGGGAAUCAAGAUGACUACCAGCUGGUGCGAAAGCUCGGCCGGGGCAAAUACAGCGAAGUGUUUGAAGCAAUCAACAUCACAAACAACGAGAAAGUAGUCGUCAAAAUACUCAAGCCAGUAAAGAAGAAGAAAAUCAAGCGAGAAAUCAAGAUUCUAGAAAAUCUGCGAGGCGGCCCCAACAUCAUCUCACUUCUAGACAUCGUCAAGGAUCCAGUGUCUCGGACUCCAGCUCUGGUCUUUGAACACGUCAACAACACAGACUUCAAGCAAUUGUAUCAAACGCUAUCCGACUACGACAUACGGUUCUACAUGUACGAGAUCUUAAAGGCCCUGGACUACUGUCACAGUAUGGGAAUCAUGCACAGAGACGUCAAGCCACACAACGUCAUGAUCGACCACGAACACAGAAAGCUUCGCCUUAUAGACUGGGGUUUGGCAGAGUUCUACCAUCCUGCUCAGGAGUACAACGUACGUGUGGCAUCCCGAUACUUCAAGGGUCCUGAGCUGCUGGUCGACUACCAGAUGUACGACUACAGUUUAGACAUGUGGAGCUUGGGAUGCAUGCUGGCCAGUAUGAUCUUCAGGAAGGAGCCUUUCUUCCAUGGACACGACAACUACGACCAGCUUGUACGGAUCGCAAAAGUCCUAGGCACAGAAGACCUGUACGACUACAUCGACAAAUACAACAUCGAGCUAGACCCACGGUUCAAUGACAUUCUGGGCAGGCAUUCCCGUAAGCGGUGGGAGAGGUUUGUCCACAGUGAGAACCAGCACCUGGUGAGCACCGAGGCACUGGACUUCCUGGACAAGCUGCUGCGCUACGACCAUCACGCCCGCCUCACCGCCCGGGAGGCCAUGGAACACCCCUACUUCUACCCCAUUGUGAAAGACCAGGCGAGGAUGGGCUCUAUAUCAGGGCUGUCGACUGGUUCUACCCCAGUCAGCUCCUCCAGUAUGAUGACAGGCAUCACCUCCAUAUCCUCGUCGCAGCCCCUGGCUAACGUGGCGGGCUCUCCUGUGAUCUCCUCCCCCAGUGCUCUGGCCACGCAGGUCCCAGCCGCCGGGGCCCAGCCCUGAACGGUGCUCUCAGCCUGGGGCCCGGGAUGGACCCGCUGCCCCUGUCUGGCCCGGACUACCAAGCCCUCAGCAGGGCCAGGCAACAAUCAUUUUUAUGUUGAGUAUAACAAAGAGAGAGAGAAAAAAGAAGAUAUUAGGUCCCCCUUUUCUUUUCCAUAAUGAUAUAUUGAGAUCCGGGCGCACAAUGAGAGGGAAAAGAAGAAAAAAUAAACAUUACUUGCGUCUGUGUCCGGAUAAAAACUGUAGCUGCAUUCUUUCCUGAUGACAGUGUCUAGAAAUGCAACUACAAUGUAGAAAUUAAGCAAAAUGGAUAAUAAAAUUUAUUUUAUAUGUCCCUAAAGUACUUUUGUUUGAGUUUUAUUUUAUGGGUCAGUUUAAAACAAAUAAAAAUAAAUGGUUUUGGUUGUUUGUCUUGA